ACAGUGCUCGGAGUGUCAUUGUGAAGUGCGCAUUACACGACCACGUUAAACAAAACGUUACAAGGGCACUAUCGAUCUGGUUUACCGAAACACUAUGGGAAAACGAACCACAGAGACUGAAUCGAAAACUGCUUUUGAAAAGAAGUAGUCAAAAUUUAUUUUUCUGGUGCCAUCUUUCUCUCUCGUAAUUUCAAUUGAUAACUAAUCGUAGUUUAUAAGAAAACACAUACUUUAUAUGAGAGUGAGAGUCUCUACAGUCAGAUAGAUGGAACAGGAAGCUUAAAAUAAUGUGAAAUAAAGAUAACUGUCAUCUUGUGACCAAAUAAUCAAAGAAAGAUUUUAGAGCAUUUUCGUAGAAUUUUGUCACGAAAACAUUCUUCUGAAGCAAUCUAAACACUCAUUGUUAUGAAAACAAGAAGAAAAACAAAGACUACUUUGGCCGAGAGGAAACAUAAGUGAUAAGGCCAGAUAGCGGAAGAGAUUAUUUAACAUUGACAAUAAGGUCGGUAUUUCCACAUUAUAGCACGAACAAAUCGACCAUGGUGCAACAGCAGGGGGGAUCGCCGCGGCUUCAGGUCCUGAGGCUGUGGGCUGUCAGCGGCAUCCAGGAGAGCGUGGAGAUGAUCUCCCGAGCGUGGUUAGCGGAGAAGUUCAUUUCCCCUUUUAUGUGUCGCGUUUCGGUGCAGGACAGCCUCUGGUGCAUGGUGCCCUCUCUGACUGAGGCCUCGAUGCAUCGCGUGCCGGCCGAAGAGUGCUCGUUCAACCCCUGGUGCGGCGCCCUGAUCCACCAGGACACGGCGCCGCCCCUGCUGACCCGCUUGACGGUGCUGUGGGUGGCGCUGCUGGUGUCCCUCGUGUUCAUCUGGGCGCCGAGGAUCCUCACCUACCGCCCGAAGAACCCCGCCCUCAUCUGGCUCAGGCGCCAGACACCGCGUCACGUGUUGUUGCUGGCCGCUGGGGGCGCUGUCCUCCAGCUGGCGUUGGAGCACUUGAUCCUGCCUGCCUUUCUGCCGCCUACGCGUCUCCUCACCCACACCGUGUCCUUGUUCGCCUUCUGUUUCGCCAAUCUGAUCACCUCCGUCGUCCUGAUCGCGCGGCCGAAGGGAAGAGAAGCGUAUAAAACCCAUUCUCUCGGGGAGCGGACUCCGGCGUCGAUAGGGUCGACCACUGACCCUCAGGGAGUGUUGAGAGACAUUGGUGACGAUAAACUGCCUUGACUUAGAUUGAUGUUGCAUUGUUUUCAGAAUAUGGUUACUUCAUUUCAGCAUUAAUGUUUUGCAUGGGUUUAUCAUCCAUCAUCUUCAUUGCCAAUUAUGUGUAAAACAGAAACUAGUAGCAAAGAAAACCCUUUGUCAUGGAGCAUAAUAUUUAUAUUUUCAUAAAUCAAUAAAGUAAUUAGGUAAU